UCACGCGAAAUUAAAAAAUCUUAAGGGACUGGGUGAUAUUUGAUACAAAUAUUAAGGACUAAAAUGCUAUUAACCAAGAUUACAUGACAAACUUUCAAUAUCGCAGCAAACGCCGCCCUAAUCCAUCAAUUUUCACUCAGUCGCAAAAGCCCCAAAUCCAAAUCCAAAUCCCUAAUUUUGCUUCUCGGCGAGGCGAACUGCUCAAAGUGCGUAAGAAAGGAAGGCGAAAAAAAAAUGUUGGAGCAAGAAUCUAUCGCAAACCAUACCCACAGCAAGACGACCGGCCUUCCACGUAAGCGGUUCUAUCGAGCUCGGGCCCACAGCAAUCCCUUGAGCGACUCACAUUUCCCGGUUCCAGCCUCCCCAGCUCAGUUCGAUUGCGCCCUUCACUACCCUCAGUUCUUCCCACCAAAUAAAACCAAUGGUUCCCAAAAGAUUGAAUUUGCUGAUAUUGGUUGUGGAUUUGGUGGGCUUUUGAUUAGCCUUUCGGUUCUCUUUCCCGAUAAACUUAUGAUCGGGAUGGAACUGCGGGACAAAGUGACGGAGUACGUUAAAGAAAGGGUUCUUGCAUUGAGGGUCUCUAAUCCAGGCCAGUACGAAAACGUGUCCGUUGUCAGGACUAAUUCGAUGAAGUACAUUCCGAACUACUUCGAGAAAGGACAGCUAACGAAGAUGUUCUUUUUAUUUCCGGAUCCUCAUUUCAAGGAGAAGAAUCAUCGGAGAAGGGUGAUUAGUCCGCAUUUGUUGGAUGAGUAUGCGUAUGUGCUCAGGGUUGGUGGGAUUAUAUAUACGAUUACUGAUGUGGAGGAGCUCGGUGUGUGGAUGAACGCUUGUUUGGAUGGUCAUCCUUUGUUCGAGGCUGUUUCGGAGAGUGAGCUUGAAGCCGAUCCCGUUGUGGAGCUUUUGAGCAGUGCGACUGAGGAAGGGCAGAAAGUUGCGAGGAAUGAAGGGCAGACUUUUCGAGCUGUUUAUAGACGUAUUGCUGCUUCUCGUUGAUCAAGAAUUGUGUUGUAAUGGAUCUUGUUAUGUGGCUAUCAGUUUUUUUUAUUUUUUAUUUUUAUUUAUUUUUAGAUGAAGAUUUUGAGUAUUCUGGUUUCAUACAGAAUGCUAUGAAGUUUGAGGUAACUGAAAUACUGAUAUGCGGAUGUUGUUUUCGUUUUUAGUUGUUGACUUUUACAUGCAUUUGUUGGUGUCGAUUGAGAUUGAGGGAGACUUUAUGAAAACGAUUAUUUGUUGAUGCUCGAA